AUUUCUGAACGGCCUGGCUGCGGUCACACUGAUUACAAUGGCCGAGGCAAAUUUGGACAAAAAACAGGAGGUGAAGCCUCCGCCAGGCCUGAAGGCCAUCAUAGACCACCUGGGGCAGGUGUAUCCCGAGCAGCCCAACCCGCUGCAGGUGACCACGCUGCUCAAGUACUGGCUGGGCGGGCAGGAUCCGCUGGACUACAUCAGCAUGUACAAUUAUCCGGGGGAUGCGGACAGGAACAUUCCGCCGCAUUGGCACUACAUCAGCUUUGGGCUGAGUGAUCUGCACGGCGACGAGCGCGUCCAUCUGCGCGAGGAGGAGUCCACAAGGUCUGGCAUGGGCUUCGAGCUAACCUUUCGGCUGGCCAAGACGGAGGCGGAGCUGAAGCAGCACAUUGAGUUCCCGGAAAAGCCACAGCGGCCACCCACAUGGCCGGCGAACCUGCUGCAGUCCAUCGGACGCUACUGCUUCGAGACGGGCAACGGACUGUGCUUCGGGGACAACAUCCCGUGGCGCAAGAGUCUGGAUGGGAGUGCCACCUCCAAGCUGCAGAGCCUCCUGGUCGCCCAGGACCCGCAGUUGGGCUGCAUUGAGACGCCCACCGGCACAGUGGACUUCUGCCAGAUUGUCGGCGUCUUUGAGAACGAGCUGGAGCAGGCCUCGCGCUGGAAUGGACGCGGAGUGCUCAACUUUCUGCGCCAGGAUGUGCAGACGGGAGGCGACUGGCUGGUAACCAACAUGGAGCGCCCGAUGAGCGUAUUCGAGCUGUUUCCCGAGACGCUGCUCAACCUGCAGGACGACCUGGAGAAGCAGGGCUCCGAUCUGGCCGGCGUCAAUGCCGAAUUCACGUUCCGCGAGCUGAAGUCCACCCGGCAACUGAAGCAGGAGGUGGACUUCAUGGCGCUGAGCGAGAAGUGUGCCAACGAGGAGAACAACCGACCGCUGACAGAGACGCAAAUGAAGCGCGAGGAGCCCAGCUUUCCGCAGUCAAUGUCGAUGAGCAGCAACUCGCUGCACAAGUCCUGUCCCCUGGACUUCCAGCCGCAGGCCCCCAACUGCAUUUCACUGGAUGGCAUUGAGAUUACCCUGGCACCCGGCGUGGCCAAGUACCUGCUGUUGGCCAUCAAGGACCGCAUUCGUCAUGGGCGGCACUUCACCUUCAAGGCUCAACAUCUGGCACUCACACUGGUGGCGGAAUCCGUGACCGGUUCCGCGGUCACCGUCAGCGAACCUUACGGCGUGCUGGGCUACUGGAUUCAGGUCCUGAUCCCCGACGAGCUGGUCCCUCGCCUGAUGGAGGACUUCCGCAGCGCGGGCCUACACGAGAACUGCGAGCCCAAGCAGAGGUUGGAGCUGGAGUGGCCCGACAAGAACCUGAAACUGAUCGUUGACCAGCCGGAACCCGUGCUGCCCAACGUUCUGCCCAUGUCCCUGGACGCUGCUCCUCUGAAAAUGUGAAACUGUCGGAAACCUAGCUAGUAUUAUUUUAAUUUAAUCGAAUUGAAUCUUCCACUAACAAGUAAGUUAUACAUUUAUACAUUUCAUCUAACACAAUGCACGUGGCCUUUGCUCUCCGGAGUCCAGUCAAAAUAUACAUACCCAAAACCA